UUCAGACUCAAAUAUAUAAGAUUUGUGUCGAAUGUGAGGCCCCGUCGUGUAACGUUAGAAAUAUCGGAGCCAUGCUGUCUUAUACACGUCGGAAUACCGUCCGGGUAUGCAAAUAGGCACCUCAUCAACGGUUAAAAUUUUCGCAGGCGUAGAUAUCGCCGAUUGAUACAAAACUGUAAUCGAACAAAUACUGACCUGAUAUUGCAUAUCUUGUGCAACGGAAACAAGCAACUGAUUCGGCCAAACAAAUCGCACUUUUUUGGUAAACGUGAAGUGCGAAUGAAAUGAUUCACCUAUAAGACAAAUCACAACUGUUAGUACUUUGAUGAAUGAUCGGUGAUCCAGGAUCGAAGAUUGUUGGAAUUGAAAGAUACUGUUUCCCAAAGAAAAAAGGACGAUAUCAAAAUCAGCAGAAGCGGAAGAAGAGAACCAUUGCUUCGUUGUAUCUCGAUUCUAAUGACUUGUGAACUGGUUGUAGAAACGAAAACAAGACUUUAGUUACAAGUUGAUAAUAAAGAACCGCAUUCGGGCGAACGUCAAGAUUGAAUAAGAUUGACAAAUUCUUCCGGUAGUGAAGAAGUAUCAAGAUUGGAGAAUCUUGCAGUCCGACAUAUCAUCACUUUACUGCUGCUAUCCAAACGCACAAGAACGAAGAAAAAUAAAAGAGGAAAUUUUUGUUCCGGAGAAAAGUGAUUCUCUCGACGGAUAUCAUUGAAGGAUAUAAAUUUCACGGACACAGAGAUAGGAAUCUAAAAUGAAUCGAAAGCUGAGGCGCACGAAUAAUGAAGAGCAAACCUGGACGCUACUAUUCGAAAUAUAAUUAUUGCCGCCAAACCGGAAGAACCGGAAGCGAGAACCGUACACUGACGAAGUGUAAAAAUGCGGUUCAAAUUAUUGAAAUUAGCGACUGUCCUGCUCAUCGCGGGAUCCAGCUAUGGGAGACCUCAAAAGCUUGAGGUCUCAAGGAAUCUUCAACCGGAAGUAGAAGACCUGAACACAGAAACAUGGCGACCGGUGCAGCGCGGCGUGAAUUUCGCACAGGAGCCGAAACCUGUCGUCAAGGAUCUGCCUCAAAUUGUCGAAGGCAAUAGCAGAAUCGAUGUUUCGAAGUCUCAGCGGGAUGCUACAGACCUUCCUGACAUGAAGCAGUCUCUGAGAACUGUGGCAACGCAGUUACUCAACGUGACUGAUCCUAAUGAAUCUCCAAAGACGACGGUCGACCUGAAGAACGAAGCUGGCAGGACGAGCGCGCCGAAGAGGCUCAUUACCGUCGGAAAGAUCGGGAAAUUUGGAAAUACAGCAAGCACUGAUGCGAAGUCGAAAACGGAGGACCCGGACCUUCUUAUAAAGGAGAUAAACUCGGAAAUAAGUUCCAUGGAGUCUAUCGGCGUCAGUUUUGGACGACCUAUGAACUCGAAGUUUGGUUAUUUCGAAAGUAGCCACCCGGGGCUUGCAAUGGCCGUGACAGAUGAGGAGUUGGAGAAGGAAUUGUCCUCGAGACGAGACGUGAUUGGCUACAAAAACCAGCUAACCACCCCCGGCGGAAUAUCGACCUGGAUUCUCUUGAACCCACCAACGACAACGCCGAAAUCUGUACAGCAAGAGGCGAAGAAACCUGUAGACACAGUCAACAAAUUCGCCGUCAAGCCGACGUCUUCUAUCGAGAAGAUAAAGGUUGAUCAACAGGGCCAGAAGAAACCGAUUGCAAUAGUAGAAAAGGUAAUGCCAACAGAGUCCUCAGGAAAGUUGGCGACAAAUAAGGUUAAGCCCGCUCCGAGUAACUCUAGAAAUGGUCCGAAAACGACAACUGCAAAACCGCAAGUGGCGCAGACGACACCUAAGAAAGCGACUGUCAAAGCUGGACAGUCUGCUGCAGAAGUUACGACCCCGAAGACAGCUGUGAUGACGUCAACACCAACUCCAACCGUGGAAAAGAGCAACUUCCCCACAACGGAAAAAGUACUGACAGUGACGAAGAAAAUUUUCCAAGUCCAAAGAACAACCCAGCAAAAGUUGGUGACGUCUACGACCACCGUUAGGUCAACGCCAAAAAUAACGAAGGGAAAUCUGAACCGAACCAGAUUUCCAGCCAGAACUACGACAGCGAAACCGGCGAACAAACCUGAAACAGUAUCCACAACUAGGAUUGAGAAGGUGACGUUUAAGCCGGUUCAAAUGAUACAAACGCCGAAGGAUGAGACGAUAAUAGAGAGGCCCACCUUUGUAGCGAAGAUAAAGACGCCUGUCCCUGUGGAAAUGCCGAAAAGCACUCCGGCGCCAGCUCCGAAAAGCACAACACCGGAGAUCAGAGAAACGACGACGGUUGCAAAGACUGAUUUCACGGGGUCUGAUCUCGUUGAAGUUCCCGUCCAGACGAAACCUCCGAUAACGAAGAUAAACAACGUCUUAAAGGCUCAGAUGAAGAAACCAAUCGACGAAGCACCAAAGAUCGAAGAUCCAGUCUUGAAGAGUAAGAAACAGAGCGCUGACGAGAAAGUUGAUGCCUUGAGUGAUCAAGCUAUCUCCCAGGCACUGAACAAUUCUCAGAUCGAUCUCAAGUUUGACUUCAAUCCUGAACUGACGAAAAUUGAAAUAAAGUCUCCACCAGAAGAGCCGUUAUUGAGCACGACUACGAAAAAACCGAGAAGAAGUUCGCAAAAGCGGCGAAGAAACAAGAACAAGGCGAAGCGACGUAGGCCUUCCACCUCGACCACGGAAAGCAGUGAAGUUACGACGGAACUAAUCUCCAGUGAAACAGCUCUUCAAGAAUCCAAGGUGGAGCCUGAGACGAAGGAAGUGAACGCGACGAAAACGAAGAAGAAACAAGUCGAGAAACCGAUCGGUACGCAGAUUUAUAAUUACUUGAGCCGAGAAAUCAUGCCAAGCUUCGGAGUUGUGUCUUUGGUUGGUCUGGGACUGGGAUUAGCUUCUUAUUUUCUGUAUCCGUUCGGAGGUGGAAUUGCACGCAGAAAUUACGAGGUCGAGCCGAAUUACAAAUACAACCUUGGCGAAUAUGGCGGCAAUUAUGGCCAAAGUGAGGAAGAAGUAUUCUCUAAGGUCAUUCAAGGUAUGACGAAUCACGAAGCAAAGUAUGGGGGCGCCAAGGAUUACGACAAUUAUUAUCGAUACCAGAAGUUUGGAGGUCCCGCUAUCACUGACACGAAGCUGACGAAGAGAAUUGAUCACAGAUAUCCCACGUCUUCAUCCGAACUGUCGUAUAAACCGCUCGAAAAUAACUACGACAUGAAAUAUAAAAACACUGAAUUCAAGUAUCCCGAAGUUUCGACGACGGCAAAUUAUUUCGAACGACAAAAGCAGUCUGGCUACACCGUAUCGGCUGACGGAGACCCGGAUCGUCAAUUUGUUGUCGGUAGCGUCCCUAAGGAGUACGGCUACGUCGAAAGCCCAGUUGUUGGCCAGAAGACGCCAACAUACGGUGGAAACGGAGACGGCCAGACCCAGUUUGAGCAGGACGUUGCACAGAACUACGCUUUUCCAAAAAAUCCAGCAAAUAUUCCUCCGUUGCAAUCGUACGGACAACCGGAAGCGUUGCCCUUGAAGAGCGACACCAAUUACGAGGAGAUCGAGAUCACGCCUACGGCAGUCGCGGUCGAACACGGUCCCAGAGCUCUGAAGGUCAAAAGGUCGAUAGACGAAGAACACUCGCGUGCACAUCCACGAUUCCGAAGGGAGUCCGUUAUCCAAGUGAUACCACCUAGCGGUACCCUAGCAGUGACCGAAAAAGAGGAGAACUUGAGCAACGAAAUAUUCGACAUCCUAGACCUGAUGAUUCCGGGCAAAGGCGAGGCUCGGAAUGUCAAGGACCACACGAUGUCGAACGCUAUUGACCACGACGAGAAGAUCGAGAAGAAGAGGGAGGGAGAAAAGGCAAAGAUAGGCGACAGUACCACGGAGAAAAUUGUGGAACACGAGGGCGAGAAAACCAGCGAGAAAUUGGUGUCACCGACCGUCAUACCGACGAUGAGUCCCACGGAGACAUCAUCGAGCAUUAAUUCGCUCUCGACAACCGCGUCGCAAGAGGCUAAAGUGAUUACCACGACACCAGCUGCGUUCAGCGAAGAAGCACCGACCGAAUCACAGACCAAAGAUGAGUCGACUGACGAUACGGCAACGGAAACUGAGGGACAGGAUCUCGAAGAGGCGACUGUAGAGUGGAUAGACGCAGCGACGACUACCGAAAAGGCGGACAAACCGGAAGAAUCGGGCUUCAACGUAUUCGAAUUCGUUAGGAAGGUCGCGGAAAUUAAGUUCAGGUUGGGAUUGACCAUACUGAAACAUGCGAGCGAAGGUUUCGCGCGAUAUUUAGGCGGUGUUCAGAAGAGAAUCAAUGGCGAGGAAUGACCGCCAUGUGAUACGGAGAGGAGAAGCAGACUGUGGGUCGAAUUAACAUUACACGUACUAUUAUAGUGAAAUCACUUUGAAACUAAUAAUGAUUUUAUUCGCGUUGGACUUAUUAUUGAUGAGUAUUUGUCACGGUAAUCAUGCGAGUAGUUAAUCGGCAUAGAGUAAUUAUAAUCGGUUUUUUUUUUUGCCAUCGUGAACUUAUCGAAUACAAGUCACAGCGACGAUGUGGCAUUACGGUGUAGUUUUAUUAUUUGUAAAAGAUGAGCUCGAGCACCGAUCCGAUUACUGUGCUCGAGUUCAUUUUGUAACAAGGCCAUGAAUUUUUCAAUAUCUUUUUCAAAUGAAUAUCUAAACCAGGCUCAUUUCAAUCAGGCAAUGGGAAAUUCUGGCGUUCAAGCUCUCUUUGUUUGUAAGAAACUUUGAAGAGGAAAAAUUAAAAAUUUCUUAUCGACGAAUAACAAAUUAUACAUUGUCACAUAGUAUAUUAUGAUAUAGGUAUAUAUUUUACCCGCAAACGUUAUUAACUUCAUUGAAAUUACAUACACCUACAUGUAUAUGUAUAGAAAAUUUAAGAUGAUAUUGUACCUACAACGCAUUUUCCUACACUUUACUUUCAAAAAGGGAAGCAUAUGGGGUUGAAGCGUUAUUCUUAAAAAAUAAUUUAUUGCAAGAUAUAUAAAUAAAUGUAUCCAUUGUAAUGGAAUUUCACUCAAAUAUCGUAUGUAAAUAAAAGAAUUAAAUCUUGCACGAAUCGAUUUCACGAAUAUUUUCGCACCUUUUAUUGUCAUAAUAAUGUUGCUUAAAAAAUUACCAAUAUACGAGUUAUCAUUACCGAAACUCUAAUUCAAACUUUUUUUUAAAACUACAUUGGCAGUUAUCUACCAAUAAAGUCAGUCGGAUAAAAUACGAAAAUAAUAUAAGAACAAAGCGAAAAUGAUGAAUAAGAUGAAAUAAGUUACGUAAUAAUUUAUGAUAUAAAAAAACUCAGCUACCAACACUUAUGAUGAUAAUGAGGCGGACAUUGCGUGAGGUGAUAUACUUUA